CCCGCGCAGUUGCCGGCUGUCGCCUCCCGGGGCUGCGGAGAGCCCGGCCGGCGAGCGUCCCCGCCCUGCGCGCUCCCUUUCCCUCGCGAGCUGCGCCACAAGGGCGUUGCGGCUGCCCCGGCCAGGGAAAGCGAAACCAAAGCGCGCCUUCCACUCCCCAUCGGCCGGCCGGGGGCAGUGGGGCCGCGCUUGCCCGGCCGCGGAGCCGGGAGCCAGGCGCAUCGGCCGGGCCGCAGGCGCCCGAGGGUCCCGGGUCUUCCGGCCGCUACUGCGGCGGCUGCGGCGGCGCCUCCCUCCCUCCCUGUUUCCCGUCCAGUCGCCGGCCGCCGGGCCCGUGAGCGGUGCGCGGAAUGGGCAGGUGCUGCUUCUACGUGGUGGGGACGCUGUCUCUGCUUCUGCUGGUGACCAGUGUCACGCUGCUGGUGGCCAGAGUCUUCCAGAAGGCCGUGGACCAGACGAUCGAGAAGAAUAUUGUGUUAAGGAAUGGCUCGGAGACCUUUGAGUCCUGGAGGAAGCCCCCUCUGCCUGUGCACACCCAGUUCUAUUUCUUCAAUGUCACCAAUCCAGAGGAGGUCCUCAGAGGGGAGACCCCUCGGUUGGAAGAAGUGGGGCCCUACACCUACAGGGAACUCAGAAACAAAGAAGAUAUUCAAUUUGGAGAUAACGGAACAAUAUCUGCUGUGAGCAGCAAGGCCUAUGUUUUUGAACGAGAUAAAUCUGUUGGAGACCCUAAAGUUGACUUACUUAGAACAUUAAAUAUUCCUGCGCUGACCGCCAUGGAAUGGGCCCAGCUACCCUUUCUCCACGAGUUCAUCGAGGCCCUGUUGAAGGCGUAUCAGCAGAAGCUCUUUGUGACCCACACGGUGGAUGAAUUGCUCUGGGGCUACAAAGAUGAGAUCUUAUCCCUCAUCAAUAUUUUCAAACCUGACAUCUCUCCCUAUUUUGGCCUGUUCUAUGGGAAAAAUGGGACUAAUGAUGGAGACUAUGUUUUUCUAACUGGAGAAGACAAUUACCUUAACUUUUGCAAGAUUGUGGAAUGGAAUGGAAAAACGUCACUUGACUGGUGGACAGCAGACGAGUGCAAUAUGAUCAACGGAACAGACGGAGAUUCUUUUCACCCAUUAAUCACCAAAGACGAAGUCCUUUAUGUCUUCCCAUCUGAUUUUUGCAGGUCAGUAUAUAUAACUUUCAGUGACUUUGAGAGCGUGCAGGGACUGCCUGCCCUGAGGUUUAAGGUGCCUGCAGAAAUAUUAGCCAAUACCUCAGACAACGCUGGCUUCUGUAUACCUAAAGGAAACUGCCUGGGCUCAGGAGUUUUGAAUGUCAGCGUCUGCAAGAACGGUGCACCUAUUAUUAUGUCUUUCCCACACUUCUACCAAGCAGAUGAGAAGUUUGUUUCUGCCAUAGAAGGCAUGCACCCAAAUAAGGACUAUCAUGAAACAUUUGUGGACAUUAAUCCUUUGACUGGAAUUAUCCUAAGAGCAGCCAAGAGGUUCCAAAUCAACGUUUAUGUCAAAAAAUUAGAUGACUUUAUUGAAACGGGAAAUAUUAGAACCCUGGUUUUCCCAGUGAUGUAUAUCAAUGAGAGUGUUCUCAUUGAUAAAGAGACUGCAAGUCGACUGAAGUCUGUGAUUAACACCACUCUGAUCAUCACCAACAUACCCUACAUUAUCAUGGCGCUGGGUGUGUUCUUUGGUCUGAUCUUCACCUGGCUUGCGUGCAGAGGACAGGGAUCCAUGGAUGAGGGAACUGCAGACGAAAGAGCACCCCUCAUACGAACCUAAGCUAACCAUGGGCUGCGCCUGAGGAAGGAAGCGUGCGAGCUGUCGUGACCUGGACCACGACAGUGGGGCAACUGUCUGCAUCCUCACAGGCUUGUCAACUGGUGCGAGAGGGAGGAGACCCCGUGCCUGCGUGUGUUCAGCACCUUCUGGCAGAGGUUCAAGAACAGGCUGACCUGGUUGGCCAUUAGGAUCCUGUGGUCCCUGACAAGUUGUUUUUCAUGUGUCUAGCAAGUAUUUAAUAAACUCUGGUAUAGUAAUUUUUUUGUUGUUG